AUGACUCUCGACGACAAGAAAAAUGGCGGAGAACGUGCCUCCUCACCCAAUCAUACCUUGAUCGUGGAUAUCGUUAUCACCCCUGUCGCUUUCCACGACAUGCCCCUGCUGAACAGUGUUGGUGUCCACGAACCCUUUGCACUCAGGAGCAUUGUUGAGAUCGUCGUUGGUAAUGGCAUAUAUGGGCUUGGCGAAUCAUAUGGCGACCAUGCCCACUUGGACCGAAUGAGGCAAGCAGCUAUCAAGAUCAGAGGCCUCCAAGCCCACAAUACAAACGCUGUUUACCAAGCCGUUGUAGAAUCACUUGCCUCGGACAGCAACGUCGGUGGAGAUGGCAUGAGCGGGAUGGUGACCGGGACAUCGACGGCCGCGAAGGUCUUUUCCCCGUUUGAAGUCGCCUGCCUUGAUAUCCAGGGGAAGCUUGCCGGUGUCCCAGUUUGUGAUCUACUUGGUGGGCGCGUAAGAGAUCGCGUUCAAUACUCUGCCUAUCUCUUCUAUAAAUGGGGUGGACAUCCGGGUUACCCAGAUGACGAGUACGGUCCAGCUCUUGAUCCCGCGGGAUUAAUCAAACAAGCCCACAAGAUCAUCGACGAGUAUGGGUUCAAAGCUAUAAAGCUCAAGGGCGGCGUGUUUCCUCCCAAAGUUGAGGUCGAGGCUAUCAAAGCAUUGCGUGCCGAAUUCCCUGAAUUGCCAUUGAGGCUUGACCCUAACGCCGCAUGGAGCGUCGAGACAUCCAAGUGGGUGGCGAGAGAGCUGGAUGGGAUGCUCGAGUAUCUCGAGGACCCAGCUCCCGAGAUCGGAGGCAUGGCUGCCGUGGCCAAGGAGGCCAAUAUGCCACUCGCAACGAACAUGGCCGUUGUUUCAUUUGAUCACCUCCCAGCCUCCAUCGCACAAGAUGCAGUCCAAAUUGUUUUGUCCGACCACCAUUUCUGGGGCGGUUUGCGUCAGUCAAAGGCAUUGGCAAGCAUAUGUGCCACGUGGGGCAUGCGUUUAUCGAUGCACUCGAACAGUCAUUUGGGCAUAUCUUUGGCAGCUAGUAAUGACGCAUCUGGCGUCUUCAACACCGAACCUAGACUACGCAUGCGACACUCACUGGCCUUGGAAACGACGAGAUGA